UGGUCGAGACCUGAAAUCGCGAGUGGCCGGGGAGCGAGGAGCGGGUGGCUUCAUGCUCCGCGGGGUGUGGAGAGGAGGGAAACCACGGGCUUGUUACAGAAAGAUUUGGAAGAGGUCAAGGAAUUGCUCACAAAAGCCACGAGGAAGCGUGUUCGUGAUGUCCUGAUGACAGAGAAGCACAAGCUAGAGCUAGAAAUCAAGAAUCAGCCUGCACCGAAGCCAAAAGAUGUGGCAGAGGAAGAAAAGUUGUCACUGGGAGGGUACACAGUGAAAAUAAACAAUUAUGGUUGGGAUCAGUCAGAUAAGUUCAUUAAGAUUUACGUCUCUCUAAGUGGAGUCCAGAAACUUCCAGCUGAGAACGUGCAAGUGAAUUUCACAGAGAGGUCAUUCGAUCUGCUAGUGAAGAAUCUGAAUGGGAAGAACUACACCAUGACCUUCAACAACCUCCUGAAACCCAUCUCUGUGGAAGGCAGCUCUAGAAAGAUAAAGACAGACACGGUCCUUGUGAUGUGUAAGAAGAAGCGGGAGGAAAAAUGGGAAUGUCUCACUCAAGUGGAAAAAGAAAGCAAGGAGAAAGAGAAGGCUGCCUAUGACACCUCGGAUCCUAGUGAAGGGCUUAUGAACCUUUUAAAAAAGAUGUAUGCAGAAGGGGAUGAUGAGAUGAAGCGCACCAUCAACAAGGCCUGGGUUGAAAGCAGAGAAAAGCAAUCCAAAGGGGACAUACCAAUGGAUAUUUGAAAGUACUUGAAGGGCCGCCUUAAUACUGAUCUUCCAUGUGAGACAUGCUGUGCUGCAAAGAUCAUUGUUUACACAACCUUCUUCCAAGCAAAGACAGCCAUUUGCCAUUUCAGGUUGGAGAAAAUAUUUAAAUAAAAUAGCUUAUAAAGCAUUUCUUUCAGUCAAGUGGUUCACCAUUUCCUGAAGAGUGGAGCAUAGGUAUAUCCUUACCCCUCCCUGAAAAAGCAUCUCAGACGAGUGGAGAGCGUUACAAAACUCAAAACGGAAUGUAAAAGAAAAGGAAUCCUAACCUAGGAUGGGUCACAGCCUCUCUGUUGCAAGUGACAGCUGUACCCACCUGGUUAAUGGGGUUGUCACGCUCACUACACAGGGUGUGGUUUUUCGAUCAGAUGUGGGAAAGUAUGUUGAAGGAUGUCACAAAGGGAGAAAAAAUUCUGAAGAAAGAACCACUAUCUCAAGCACUUGCUAGUUGAGCAGAAAGAAUAUGCUGUUACUCUUGUGGUAUUAAAAUGUAAUGAUUACUCUCAUAACGUAUCUGCUGGCUGUUUAACCAGUUUAAUUUUGAAAAGGAAAGCAGCUGUUUAACCAGUUUAAUUUUGAAAAGGAAAGCAGCUCUUUAGCACCUAUGCUAACUGUGACCUCCUUGGGGUGUCUUUGAGGUGGCAUCAGUCACAGGAGGGCAGUAAGCUGCUGAUGCUGGACAGCGAGUUCACCCUGGCUCUAGCAGUACAUAAGGAAAAGAGACAAGCUCCACUUUCUCCCAUCAACUGUCAAGGGUUUUAAGGUAACAGCAAGAAGUAUAUUGAGACAGGUUAUACUCCAAACUUUUCACUCAACCGGGGGUGAUGGGUUGCUGUCAGUUUGCUGCCUGUGUGUCUUCCAUCUGGGGGCAGUACCCUUUCACUUGGCCUGUUGGUUGCAGCCCCUCAGCCCCACUGCUAGGGAGGGGGACGGAGCAGCCAUUUCCCCUUUAUUGCCCUGCUUUGAAGAAGAGUACAGGGGAAACCUGAGCUUAGCAGCAGGCUUCUUGCUAUUGUUGUUUCCUUCCUGCUUCCUUCUCCUGUCUCUCCCGAGGACAGAUUUGUUUGAUGUUACCUGAUGAAUUAAGGAAGCCAUUACUCUCCUGUUACGGUCUGGACUAGGACUUACUUGCUACCUUGUUCUUAAAGCAUUGGACCAAGCACUGCACUGCAAGCAGGAGAUAAAUACUAGCACAUUGUAGUUUCUAACAGGUCUUUUAUCCACUUUGUCUGCUUGUUAAUAAUACUAAGUUUGCAUAGCAAGAGUAUCUAAACUUGAGGCCAUGUUUUAUU